AAGCUUUUAUUAGGUACAUUUUUUUUAUACUUCCGUUCACAUCUUGGUGCUCUUUUGUAUUUCGCACCUUCACCUUAUUGGUAUCUAUUGUUACUGUACAGUGCGCCGUCAGGCCACCUGACCGUUACAUAACGUAGUAUAUAUAACGCGCAUCCCAUCGUCGUUUGGCCAUACCUCAGCGUUUUCUCAUCACUCGCUGAGGGAGAUACUAACGUUUCUCAUCACUCGCUGAGGCUGUUCCAGUGUACAACCUCUAGAAGAUGGAGUAUUCGGCUGACGAUAUCACAGCAGCGAGGAGCUUGCAGAUCGCUACGUCCGUAUUCGCGUCGAUGGCCACAUUCUGGAUAUAUGAUUAUGCAUGUUCACUCCAUGAAGAGUGGUCAUUUUUACUUCGAUCGCACUGGAGCAAGGUGAAAUGCCUGUACAUUGUUACACGAUACCUCCCCUUUAUCCUUCUCACCGAGAAACUAUAUAUAAACUUUACUCCGAAUGUUAACCCAGGUAAAUGCCGGGUGUUCGACGUUGUUGACUCAGGUCUUGGUAUAGUGUCAGCCGUUUGCUCCGAGUGCUUUUUCGUCCUCAGAACAUAUGCACUCUGGAACAACAAUAGAAUCUUGCUCGUAGCCAUGCUAGUUAUCAUUCCCAGUAUUGUCGGAGCAUCCAUGGGCAUUGCCUUCACUACUAAUGCUCCCGCAGCAUUUGCGACUAGCGCAAUCCCGGGCAUCGUAGGGUGCUACCAGAGUUCGACCAGUUUCCGACUCUUCAUACCAUUUCUUCUUCUUUCUGCAUUCGAACUGGGACUCUUGAUGCUCACGCUCAUACGCGCCAUACAGAACUGGAAGACAAACCCAAGCCGUCUGUUCAUUGUCCUGGUGAAACAUAACAUAUUCUAUUAUACAUGUGGUUUUUUGUUCUCAGUGGCGAACAUAUUCACAUCGAUGCUCCUCCAGUACUCCUACCACACCAUGUUGUAUGAUUUCCAGUUCAUUAUUCUCGCAAUCCUCGCCACGCGCAUGCACCGCAACCUCUGGCGGAUGUCGGUGAAUCGACAUUCACACAACUCUGGCACCCUUGCGGGUAUUCCAAUGUUGGACAUGUCACCUCUAGAUUCCACGGCGUGAUGUCUUAUCCUGUGGUUUAUUUUUAUUCGGUAUCUUCGUGGAGUGAAGCUUGGACUAUACAUACGAGAUGACUGGUGGGGGUGGAUUUGGUAGACUUUACUACGUGCUUAACUUGUAGGACAGGUCUUGUGUGGGGCGGGAGGGGCAUGUGGAUGACCUUGGUC